AUGGGAUGCAAGUUGAGUUCUCAAGCUGCGAGAAUGUCUGCUGGUAGUCAAAGAGAUAGCAAUCCUAUUCAGAAGGUCGAUACUGGAGGUACUCAACAACAUCAAAUUGGGAGUGUUCAACAGGACGAAGUUCUACACAAUGACUAUGUAAGUUGAGAGCUGGGGUAAGGUAGGGUAGGGUAGGGUAGGGUAGGGUAGGGUAGGGUAGGGUAGGGUAGGGUAGGGUAGGGUAGGGUAGGGUAGGGUAGGGUAGGGUAGGGUAGGGUAGGGUAGGGUAGGGUAGAGUAAGGUUAAAAUUUACAUUUAAAAUAUUUUUCAGCUUGAUGGAGUUGACAUCUCACGCGUUGAUCGAAUCAAUAUAUACAUCUAUGGUAACUCAACUGUAUUAACAAUUAAAGGCUUUACAAACGAUUUUAAUGCUUGGAAUAGAAUAAUUGAAUUUUGCGGUAGAUACCAUGUUAUUGAGGAAAAACUUACACAGUGCCUCAAGAGUGAACGUUCCUUUGUUCUUCGAAUUACGUUGUUCAGCCGGUGUGUAUGGUCUCCAGCUUUACUCAACGAAUUGGCCGACUUCUUUUUAGGUAAGUGAUUCACUUCUAAACCCUAUAUUACUUUUACGGAGACAGGGAGUGGAGGUAAGUUACAGUACAUAUAAGCCUAGAGUGAUAUAGUAGACGCUUAAGGUCCGGUAGGGUUUUAAAAAGACCAUUAAAAUACUUUUUGUGUUUCCAGACAAGCUGCCAGCAAUACGUUUUGAAAUCGUUUUUCGAAAUCCAGGCAACAUUUACGUUCCAUUUAUCGAUUUCUACAGAAAGCUUCAUCCUAUUGUUAAAUUCUUAUACAUCAACAACCCGACCAUUUUGAGGUUCUUCUUUGACAAACAAGUUAAGUCGUUGACGCUACGAAACAUUAACUUCAGUUUUAGGAAGUGUUUAUUGAUUUUUUGGUGCUCUGUUUUAUAAUGAAAAUUUGAAACCAAUCAUCGCAGGACUGGUCAAACUCCUGCCCAGCAAGUUCAAUAAAACUCUCUUCAGAUUGGUUGCCAUUAAAAUACACUCAAGUGGAUGAUUUUCAAUUUGUCGAUUCGGCAAUGUUGGAAGUGCUUUGUCAACAAGAUAUUGUAAUGCCGCAAGUUUGCUCUGUUACUUUUUGUAACUAUCAAUGUGAAACUGUCAAUAUAAAGUUGUUUUUGGAAAAAGCCUGCAGCGUGUUCCUUUCCAUAAAACACCUUCAACUUAAAUUAGUGGUGCAUGUGCAGGAGAAGAAUGAACCAAGUAAGUUUGUGAUAAAGCUAGGGGUAUGGUCAAUGUUGUUAGAAUAGAACAGAACUUUUUAGUCUAGACUGGGUGAGAAAGAGAAGAAAGAUGAGAGUUUCUGAUAAAUAAUAUGUUAGCAAACUAAAAAUCAAAUAUUUUUUGUUAAUUUGAUUAUUUCAGUUCGAAAUCACGAACUAUUCACUUACACUCGGACCGUUAUCGACACGUUCGAGAGCAUUUUGGACUGGAACCAGGGAAAACUCAAUAUAUUCAUUUACUCCCAAGUCGAUUACAACGGCCUGGUUAAUGAGGAUUUGGCAAGAAAAAUGUCAGAAUAUAUUGGAUACGAAUGGAGCUACGACGGCGAUGUCGGCCUAGAUGUAUCAAUGUUUAAUGUAGAUUUGAUGAUGUUUGUACAGUACGAAUAA